UGUUGUCAUUUCCAAUAUUGAAUUUUUUGAAGGAAUGUGCUGAUAUUAUUAUUAAAAAAAUUAAGUAACAAUUACAAUCAUAUUUAGCUAACGAUGGUAGUGAUUAGCACAUUAAGAUCAUUAAUUCGACUGCCAAUAUCAAUUGUAAAAAAUGACGCACCGAAAAGGUUUAUGUCUGAACAUAGGACGUUCGUAAUAAAAUCGUCCGAUUGGCAAUGGACCAAGUUUAAGGAUUAUAUUAAUUUCUACGUUCUGCUAGGAGUAAUUCCCUGUUCACUUGCAAUCUUUUAUGCUAACGUAUUCAUUGGACCAUCUACUCUUGCAGAGAUACCCCCGGAUUACACUCCUAAGCACUGGGAAUAUUACAGAAGUCCUGUCACGCGAUUCAUUGCUAAGUACAUUAUGACAAACCCCCAGCAAGAUUACGAAAAAUUCUUGGCUUAUAUGUACCAAGAAAGCGAAAUAAAAAGAAUAAGGCUACUCGAAAGCGAAAUAAAAAAGAGAAUGAGCGAAAAACUCGAUUAUCAAGCGUACUAUUACAGACCUGUUCUCGCUAAGUACCACAGAGUUAGUAGAGAAGCCGCCGAUUAUUUGGAAUCCAUUAGAGGAGAAUAAACGAAAGCUAUAUGUAUUGUAUUGAUUCAUCAAUACUCUCAGGUUGUAGAGUUCAUGAGAGUUCUACAGUUUG